ACAGUUCACCGCGCGACAGGUGAAACGUCGCACGUUCCGUUUCAAACGUCGAACGUAUUCGUAAUUUCAAAAUUCGAAUCACGAUCGACUCACGCGCAUUUCACUUUUACUUUUUAUUACAUAAGUGUGUCACAACCUUAUCUGUGCAGUGUUGCGAGUGUUUGUUUUAUUGUGCACUUUUUGUUUGAAUUUGUUCUGUACGUGUCUGUUUCAAUUUGAAAGACUGUGAAGAAUGAAAUAAGUUAUUGUAAAAUUGUACAAUGCUGCCCGAAGAUGCGGGGGGUGUCGUCAACAAAGCCUUCGAAGGCUUGGACGACGGCUUCCAGACCAUCGACCUGCGCGCCAGGCGGGACGACGGCACGCUCACGUCGGUGGAGCGGCAGUGGGAAGCGCGCGAGGUGCGCUGCGGCUGGGGCGCGCUGCGGCCGGCGUGGCUGCAGAGGUUCCGCACCGCCAAGUGGGCGCUGUUCUGGCUCUGCUGGGCCGGCGCUAUACAGGGUAUGGUGGUCAAUGGAUUCGUGAACGUGGUGAUCACGACCAUAGAGAAGAGAUUUGGGUUACGCUCCAUGCAGACCGGAGUCAUUGCUGGAGGGUACGACAUGGCGUCCUUCCUCUGCCUGGCUCCAGUGACGUACCUCGGGGGUCGCAGCAACUCGUCCAAGCCCCGCUGGCUGGGCUGGGGGGUGCUGCUCAUGGGCGCCGGCUCCCUACUCUUCGCACUGCCACACUUCUUGGUGCCCCCCUACAAAAUAGCAGGAGAAGAACCUGACGAUCUGUGUGUUGGGAAUGGAACGGUGCUGAAUACGGGCGGCGAUGCGGAUAGCUCGUGGGCGAUGGGCGGCUCGUGGGCGGUGGGCGUGUUCGUGGUCGCGCAGCUGCUGCACGGCGCGGGCGCCACGCCGCUGUUCACCCUCGGCGUCACCUUCAUUGACGAGAACGUAUCCAAGAAGAUGUCUUCUGUUUACUUAGGUGUGUAUUACACGAUGGCGGUGGUGGGCCCAGCGCUGGGCUACGUGCUGGGCGGACAAAUGCUCAAGAUUUACACCGACUUCGUCACUGUUAGUUCUGACACGCUGGGCAUCACCCCGGUGAGCUCCGCAUGGAUCGGCGCGUGGUGGGUGGGCUUCAUCCUGUCAGCAAUGCUGUGUCUGCUCGUGGCCACGCCGCUGCUGGCCUUUCCUUUCGAACUACCUGGAGCGGCAGAAAUCCGAGCGUCCAAAGUUUCCGAAGCACAUGAGAGCGCAGCAACAAAAACCAGCGCUUUCAGCGCUUUGAACGAGCUGCCGCGAGCCGCUGCAGCGCUGUUCAGGAACCCCACGUUCAUGUUCCUGAACUUGGCCGGCGCUAGUGAGGGGAUGCUCAUAUCGGGCUUCGCAGCUUUUCUGCCCAAGCUGAUUGAGAACCAAUUUGCUGUUAACGCUUCGCAGGCAGCCAUGUUGUUAGGUGUGAUAACAGUCCCGGCGGGCGGCGGCGGCACGUUCCUGGGCGGCUGGCUGGUAAAGCGCUGGCGGCUGGCGUGCGCCGGCAUCAUCAAGCUGUGCGUGGCCGCCACGCUGCUCGCCGGCCUCUUCAGCAUGUCCUUCGUGCUCAGCUGCCAGGACUACCCCUACGCCGGGGUCACCACCCCGUACAACAGCCCUUCUGUGCCCAAGACUGACAGGCUGAUAGCGGAGUGCAACGCGGCGUGCGGGUGCAGCGCGUCGCGGCUGACGGCGGUGUGCGGCGCCGACGCGCGCGUGUACGCGUCGCCGUGCCACGCCGGCUGCACGCGCGCGCUGCGCCGCGGGCCCAACACGCUGUACCAGCAGUGCGCCUGCAUCAGCAGCGACACGCUGCCUGUUUACUAUGACGAAGGUAAGGUGUGCGGCGCCGACGCGCGCGUGUACGCGUCGCCGUGCCACGCCGGCUGCACGCGCGCGCUGCGCCGCGGGCCCAACACGCUGUACCAGCAGUGCGCCUGCAUCAGCAGCGACACGCUGCCUGUUUACUAUGACGAAGGUAAGGUGUGCGGCGCCGACGCGCGCGUGUACGCGUCGCCGUGCCACGCCGGCUGCACGCGCGCGCUGCGCCGCGGGCCCAACACGCUGUACCAGCAGUGCGCCUGCAUCAGCAGCGACACGCUGCCUGUUUACUAUGACGAAGGUAAGGUGUGCGGCGCCGACGCGCGCGUGUACGCGUCGCCGUGCCACGCCGGCUGCACGCGCGCGCUGCGCCGCGGGCCCAACACGCUGUACCAGCAGUGCGCCUGCAUCAGCAGCGACACGCUGCCUGUUUACUAUGACGAAGGUAAGGUGUGCGGCGCCGACGCGCGCGUGUACGCGUCGCCGUGCCACGCCGGCUGCACGCGCGCGCUGCGCCGCGGGCCCAACACGCUGUACCAGCAGUGCGCCUGCAUCAGCAGCGACACGCUGCCUGUUUACUAUGACGAAGGUAAGGUGUGCGGCGCCGACGCGCGCGUGUACGCGUCGCCGUGCCACGCCGGCUGCACGCGCGCGCUGCGCCGCGGGCCCAACACGCUGUACCAGCAGUGCGCCUGCAUCAGCAGCGACACGCUGCCUGUUUACUAUGACGAAGACAAUAACACCUCAAUAUCAUACGAAGCCAUCAACAGCGUAUGCAGCUCCGAGUGUCCCUACCUCUGGCUGUUCGUGUUCCUCUCCUUCUGCGUGAUGCUGUUCACAUUCCUCGCCACCAUGCCUGCUUUAUCAGCCACUUUAAGGUGCGUGCGCGAAGACCAGCGCUCGUUCGCGUUGGGCAUCCAGUGGAUCCUGGUGCGGCUGCUGGGCACCAUCCCCGCGCCGCUCAUCUUCGGCUUCCUCAUCGACCUCUCGUGUCGGCUGUGGGCCAACGGCGCCUGUCAGCUCUACGAUAACUUGCACAUGAGCAGAUACAUGCUCGCUUUAGCACUAGUAGGUAAAUUAUGUUCAGUGUUAUUUUUCUUCCUCGCUUGGUGGUUCUAUCGGCCGCCUGGAGGAAAUAACAACAACGCAGUUGCUCCGGCCAUCGAUCUGACACACGAGAAGACCAACGGCGUGACCAACGGGCCCAAUACUAUCACCAACGGUCCCAACACCAUCACCAACGGUGCGUUGGAAAGGAUCAACGGGACGACGACCAACGGAUACUGUAACCAAGCUCUAGAGUGUAGUGAACAUUUGUGAAUCUUUUUUUUAACAUGUUUAAUGAUCACUAAAAUGGUCUUUGACAAGAUCGUGCUGGAUUAGAUAGAACCAAUGUUAUUUAAUAUGAUUAAGUACAUAAUCAAUCAGACGCAUAUGAAUAGAAAAAUGCGAUUUUGAUAUAGUUUACAUAAGGACAAAACCUCAGUUUUAAAGUUGACAUCAUUUUUUAAAUCUUGUAAUAAUAAUUUAAAAUGUGCGAGGGAAUGAGCGAGAUGGUCACAUUUCGCUUGAACUUGCAUGAACCACUUAACCUAAAAAAAUGUAUCUGGGUAAAAUAUUGUGACGCCAUCUUGUAGUAUGUACCUAGUAUCAGUUUACGCAAUGCAAGUACUAUAAAGUUGUAAUAGAUGGCGUUUUAAAAAUUGUUUUUUUUUAAUUGUUUAUAUGUAUAACUGUACCCAAGAGAAAAAUAGUAUGAUUUGGUGGGCAUGUACCUCAAUUCACAAAUAAUGAGGAUUAUAUGCAAUUUUACAUAGAGGUCUCUUUGAUAUAAAAUGAUAUACCUAUUAGGUAUAUAAAUUAAACAUGUAAUAUAUAAACAUCACGCACAUAUUAAUAAAUAAAAAUUUUUGUUGUAAAAUAUAAUAAGUAACAAUAUUCUUUUAUUUUUUGUUGAUUUAUUUUUACACAUUUAGGUAAAUAUUUAAGCCACGCAGUCAUUGGUAUACAAUUGUUAAAUUUAAUUUAAUUAAAAAGCAAAACUUGGCUACGUCGUAAAUUAUAAGGAUGCGUAUAUAGGACACAUUUUAAGAUCUAUUUACGAAAUAAAUAUUAUUUAUCCCUAAAAUAUUAAUUUUAGAACACGUGUUUCUUCAAUAUUUUUAAUAGCAUGGCAUAACCUGUAUAUAUACAAAUGUAUGCAUGUGUGCGCUCGGUAAAGUAGCUAAAUUCGGAUCAAUUUUUUCGGUGCUUUUGUAGGCAUAUAACAUGUCUAAUAGUAUAAAAUUAUUGUCUGUACUGGUAUGCGGUUUACCCACAGCACAUAAAUAAAGCGACUCGAUGCAAGAUCGUUAGAUGGGCCCGAAGCGUCCCGGAAUUGUCAUUUGUUUCGCAAAUACUUACCCAUAGAAAGUAGCACCUUUCCUAUUUAUUCGUGUCGCGGCUUGUGUUUUUACAUUUCCAAAAUGAACACGAAUAAUAACUAAGGGAUUAAACAAGAAAACCGUAAAAAAAAAUUUAGUCCACGUCCACUCACAGCAUACUAAAAUAAGAUGUGCGUGCACGUCUUUGAGUAAUGAUAUAACAUUGUGCGUUCUUUAAUAUGUAGGGGCCCAUCUAAUGAUUUAUAUCAAUGGAUUUACCUAUUCAAUAAUUGCGAAAACUAUUCCUUUUAAAGAUGAAGCUAUACCUUGUAUGGACAUGAUACACAAUGAUUUAAUUUUAUGGAUAUUUCGGAAAAAUUUAAAACAUUAGUACACAAAUGAAUGCGUGGCUUUAAACGUAUUUUAUUUAAAGACUGAUUCUUCACUUAGUCAUAACUAGGGUAAUUGUUUGUUAUUGUUUAAAUAUUUGUACAAUGUGGUAUAACGGUGUUUCUGUAUUUAAGUAAAUAUUAAAAAACACUUUUUUAAGGUUCCUUUUUUUACGUGGAGCGUGUAACCCGCGCUACAGACGGUCAGUUUUAUCUAAUCGGAAUUUUCAAAAUUAUUAGGAAAAACUGUACACUUAAAAUUGACAGACACUACACACCACACAUACGAUUUAACUGAACAAUUCGGCUGAUCAGUUAAAACUGCACGUCUGUAGCACGCUUAUGAACGCAGUGAAUUAUAAAGGUGGGCAGUUGACAUUUUCAAUGCAAUGAUAACUGUAUUGUAUUUUAAACUUUUGUAUAUAAAUGUAUGUAUCAAUUAAUAAUUAUAUUAAUAUGUUUUAGAAUAUACUUUAAAUCAAUUCUAUUAACAUGUUGCUGUUACUAUAGUGUGGGAACAUUAUUAAUUCUGAUUGGCUGUAAGUGUAGGCUCUAUCUGCAAAAGUAGACUGACCUAAUAGAAAUAUUUGUUUGUGUAUUUGGAUGUUACUUACUCACGUUAAUAACUUAAACUACCUAUCAAAAUUAAAAUAGAAAUAUGUAUAUAGAUAUAAAAGAAAAAAAAAUUGCUGUUUCUGCCGCAAAAUAAGCUUACUUUGACAUUAUGCCUACCUACCUGAUAAAGAUAAAUAUCUUAAAUAUGUAGUCAUAAUAAAUACCUAUCUUUGCAGAUUAUUAUUAAAGAGAUAUUUCGGCUACUGAAAGUGGAGACCACUCUGGCAAACAAAAAAGAUUUUGUUUGUAAAAAAAAUACGUAAAUUGCAAGUAUCAGGACUUAUUUCAAUAUUUGCACUAUCAUUUUAGGAAUACCCUCCUCUUUUUUUAAUUUAAUUUGCUGGGCGAUUUUAGCCAAAGUCGAUUACGAGUAUUAUGGGAAAGAGUUGAAUGUGAAGGUCAAGGUCAAGUCACAUAACGUAAAAGUCCUUUGAUGUAGAUAGAGCAAUAGUCACGGAUUUUGUAAAAAGUUGAUAAACUUUCUGCGUCUGUAUUGCGCGUUCUCAAAAAAAUAUAGUGUGAUUCGGUUUAGGUUUUUUCCUAGUUGUAAGGGAUUUUUACAAAAGUAUUUGUAAUAUAGUAUCUGUAGAUACAAUUAUAGUUGUAAGAUCAGUUUUGGAGUUGUACAAUUUUACACAAUAUAUUGAAUUCAUCGGUAUUAUUGAGGAUUAAUAAAAAAAUUAAUACUUA